AUCUGCAUGAUUAGUUCAAAAUCGUCAUAACAUUUUAGUAGCGACUGUUUCUUCAACGGUAGAGAAAUGAGCCAGGCACAUCAUGGUAAAACAGGCAAAGCUGUAAAAAUCGUGAAGGUUAAUAAAGAUACCCCGCACCUUAAUCUAGAUCGGCUUGAACAAAUACUUCACAACUACCAGGAUCAUCCUGUUGCUAUCAUAAGUGUGUUCGGGGAACAUCGGACGGGAAAAUCUUUUCUAUUAAACUUUCUUUGUCAAUAUCUGCGAGAAAAUCAGUCACCAAGUUGGUAUAAGAAGAACUAUGUGAAGCUGAUCAACACGUUUCACUGGAAAGGCGGCGUUGAACGCGAUACGAUUGGAAUUUAUAUGACAGACAAACCAUUCAUGCUAAAGAAUGAUAAAGGGCAGGACACAGCUGUGUUUUUCAUGGACACGCAAGGUUCCUUUCAUAAGCAAGUAACAGCAGGAGAAUCCUCCCUCAUGUUUGCACUGAGCAGUUUGUUAAGCUCGGUUCAAAUUUAUAACCUGCCUUCUGCAAUGAUUCGAGAAAAUGAUCUUCAACAUUUGGAGGUGUUUACACAUUAUGCCCAAGCAGCCAUUGACUAUGAAGGAGAUGAAGGUUCCCAACAUUCAUCUCUAUUUCAGAGUCUUCUGUUUCUGGUUCGAAACUGGCAGAUGUCAGAUUAUCAUUACGGUAGCAAAGGAGGGAUGGAUUAUAUGAAGGAAGUUAUGAAAACUGAUAAGGCAGAGAAUGAUUCAGUGCGACGACAGAUUAAACAGAGUUUUUCCGACGUCCGAUGUCAUUUGUUGCCACAUCCUGGGGUAAAGGUUACCAAACACAAAGACAGCAGUCGUUCCAGCAUUAAGCUAGCAGACAUAGAGGAGGAUUUUCUUGAUGGAGUUGAUGAUCUGGCCAAGUGUUUGUUCUCAAAGAAUAAGUUAGUUGUGAAGAAAUUUGAUGGUGAAACUUGCACUGGUGAAGUUAUUUUGAAGUUGGCUUCUGAGUUUAAAGAAAAGUUAGAAAGUAGUUCAAUGCCAAAAGUCAAUACAUUUUUAAAGAAUGAUGAAAUCGUUGAAUUCUGCCAAAGAAUUCAGGAGUUUGAAGAAGACUACGAGACAAGCAUUGAAGCUGAGGUGGGAGAAAAAUAUGUUGAGCCAUUAGAGUUGGUAAACUUUCAUGAAGAAUGCUUUGUGAAAGCAUUGUCGAAAUACAAAGCUGAACAAGUUUUAAGUGACGGUGAAAAUGUGGUUUCUGAAGAUCUCAUGAAGAAAUGCUUGGCAGUUGCUUUUAAAGCGAUGGUUCAUGAAAACAAUGCACGGAAAGAAAAGAAAAGAAUUGUCAUCAUGGAUAAAGCCAUUGCUGCAGGGAAUGUGUAUAAGCAAGAAAUGAAAAGGAUCGCAGGUGGAAAGUAUUUAGAGGAUGUUAGUGAAGCAAAACAAGAAGCCAAAACAAAAGCACAUGAAGCAUUUAAAACCUUCACCAGUAACUACAACAAGGAUUUGGUUAAGAAAUGUUUGAAGGAUCUAGACAAUGUUAUUGAAUCAAAGCAAAAACAAUUUGAAAGGAAAAAUGCAAAACAAUUGGAAGUUCUUGAUGCAGAUUUAUCAAAGUUGGUUGCUGAAACUACAAUGUAUUAUGCAGAGUUGAUGAAAAAGGCAAUUGAAGAAGAUUCUAAAGAAGACCUAGAUAGCUUGUAUGAUACUAAUCUUCAAAUUUCAAUUGACCGAUUUAUGGAUAAUGAAAUUGGUCAAGAAUUGCAAUGCAAAACGGAAAAACUCAAAACCCUUAAAAACAAAAUCAGGGAACACUUUAAAACAUUAAAACAAGAAACUGAAGACGAGCAUAAACCUAAGAAGAUUGAGAGAAAGAAUUACUUAUUGCAAGAAAAUGAACUACAAAGGCUUCGUACAAAACGCAGACAGCUUGCAUCAAAGUAUUCUUCCUCAUUUAAGCACCUCAAAGAGAAAUAUGUUGAUGAUGAAGAAGUUUACCAAAUUCAAAGAAAAGCAAAACAACAAGCAUUGAAGGCAUAUGCUGAUAUAGAGAAUGAUGUUUCAACGGAAUGUGUUGAUAUUUAUUGGGAAAAUAAAGACACACUCCAGCAAGAAAUUGAACAAUUCUUCAAUCAAGUGAAAGAAAACAACCUGAAGAAUAAGGUUAACAUUGAAAGGAGUUUGAACCCAUUUUAUGAAGAAUUAUCAGCAGACUACUUGCGUACAAUGAACAAGGCAUCUAGAAAUGCAAGUGUUGCUACAUUAGAGACCUUGCAUGGGGCAUUCAUAUCUUCAGUACAUGAGGAAUUGAACAAAGCAAUUCCGUACGAAAACAUUCAACAAAUUGCGAUUGCAACUUGUGAGGGAAUGUUGAGAGAACAGCAAGAUGAAGUAAAUAAUGGAAGAAAAAUUUGGAAAGAAUUAAUGGAUCAAGUUUCUGCUGGUGCUUCAGCAAGUGUUGGUUUUAGACAACAGUUCAACCAACAUGGUAUGAGGUAUGAUAAGUUAAGUGGUGAAAAAGGUGACUCUACUUUAAUGGAAACUACUCUGGCAAAUUUCAAUGUAAAUAUUUCUAAGCUGCCGUGCAUUCAGUAUUUGAAAACUUUGAAUUUUUGAACAAAAUAAUUGUUUUUCAGUUGCCCCUUAUACUCAAAUUUAUUUAUCAGUAUUAAAACCAAUCAUUUAAAUUUACCAUAUUAAAUAUCAUUGUACAAAAUUUUCGUAUUUUGCUUCGUAUAAGUGUUAUUGCCUAUUUAAUUUAUAUAUUCUAAAUGUUUUAAAAUUCUUACUGGUUUAGUAUUUGUAUGAUUUCCAAAUGAAAGUAAAAACUUUUAAUUUGUUUGAUUUCUUUAUUUUAUUCACGUAUCACUCACUGUGUGUUGUUAAAUUUUAAAACUGUAAAAAAAAUUCGAGAGUGUACAUUUUGAUUCAGGCUUAUUUUUUGCUCAUGUUGAUCCUUUUCAUCAAACAGCUUUGCUUUUUGUUAAUUGCGUUGUGUGCAAGCAUCAUAAUCGUGUAAAGAUAAAAUAAAAAAAUGGCAUUUUAUU